UUAUAAUAAAUGCGAAUGGAAGGGAAUGCUUGCAGUUGGAUCAGAUAAAAACGGAUCAUGAGUGUCAGCAUUGUGAAAUACUAUGGAAGCCAGCUCGGAAAAUGUGGAUACUGCACAGGCAUUAACUGCAGCAAAUCCAAUGGUAUGCAUGCAUAUCGCUUGGACUGCCAAGACUACCAAAAUCUCAUUGAUCGGGGCUGGCGCAGAUGCGGGAACUACUGCUAUAAGCUAAAGAACAAGGAGACCUGUUGCCCCUGUUAUACCAUCAAAUGUGAUGCAUUGGAAUUCAAGCUGACGAAGUCCAACAAGCGAAUACUUAGACGUAUGAAUCGAUUUUUGCGUGAUGGCAAACGUGACCCGGUCGAGCAGGCGGCACGCGCAGGAAAUGAGGAUGACGUAACUGCGAGUGUGGAUGCACCUGCCAGCGAGCCGCAGCCUCAGAUGCCAGAUAAGAGUCCAGCUGUAAUCAAUGUGGAACAGGCUGUGUUACUCGCAAAGGCUCAAAAAUCAAAAGCAAAGCCGGCCAGAGCUGCACAGGUGCCAUUAACCCAAUCGCCAUCGCAGGGAUCCACCAAAUCUGCGGCGGUGAUAUCAAAUAAGCCGUGCAAGAAAGCCAAGCAGAUGCGCUUGGAACGCCGGCAGGCUAAGUUGGGUGAUACCGCACAGCAAUCAUCACAGAAAGCAUUCACGCAGGAGAAGAGUUUAACUGACUUUUUAUCGGCAACCAGCGAAACAAACAAGCAUCAUCUGAAGAUCGUUUUGGUCGAUUCCUCAGACACACAGCAUACGUGUGCCGAGGAGGUACUAGCACUGUACCGAAAAUAUCAAGUAGUCAUACACAAUGAUAAUCCUGCACGCCUCACCCUAGCUAGUAUGCAGCGGUUUUUGAUCAAAUCUCCCCUUAAGAACGAAAAGCCAGAUGAUGGGCCCGAAAUGGGCUAUGGAUCGUUCCAUCAGCAGUAUUGGCUCGAUGAGAAGUUAAUUGCCGUGGGCGUUAUUGAUAUCUUGCCUGGGUCGGUUAGCUCCGUGUACUUCUUUUACGAUCCAGACUACAGUUUUCUCUCGCUGGGAACAUAUGGCUCGCUGAGGGAAAUCGAUUUCGUACAGACGAUUGCUGCCACUACGCCUGCCCUGAAAUAUUACUAUAUGGGCUUUUACAUACACUCCUGUCCGAAGAUGCGCUACAAAGGAAAGCUGUCUGCCUCAUAUUUGCUCUGCCCAGAGACUUACGUGUGGAUACUCCUCACCGACGUCAUUCGUUCUAAGCUAGAUAAAAACAAGUAUCAACGCCUAAAUGAAGAUGCAGCUGCUAGAGAUGUAAACGAGUUCUUACUUGAGCAUUUAGAGGAAGUACUGCUUCUGCUCGACGCCACAACCUGCAUGCAGUAUAAGGAUUAUGUUCAGAUUACUGGCACUGAUAGCGAUCGCGUCGAGAUUAUUGAAUACAGCGAGCUAGUGGGAAAAGUAUGUGCGCAUCGCAUGCUUUAUGUUAACAUGGCCUGAGAGCCAAUUUUAUUUGUUAAUCUGUUAUCUAUCUGUUCUAAAUCAAAAUUUAUCAGUCAAAAUGCCUCUUACUAUUAUUUCUGCUUAAAAACUAAAGGAAAUUGUUAAUUAAUAUGUUCUAAGACAUGCCAAGAUAUAUGAUAUGUAUUAAAAGUGAAUCUUCAUGUGAAAAUCGAUCUAAUAAACAUGGAAUUCAUUAGGAAAUUUUA